UUCCAUUCUCUCAAUACCAAAAAAAUGGCUUUCCACUGCAGAUUCCGUCGACGAAUUUGGAUUUCCCUGCGCACUACCAAAAGUUCCAAUCCCACCGUUGGAGGAGACCAUGGCUAAUUACUUGCUUGCCAUUGAGGCCUUCACAUUGCCGGCGAAAUUGGAGUCUACUAAAGUUUUAAUUAAGAAAUUCAUGGCUCCAGAUGGUGUUGGUCCGAAAUGCCAUCAAUAUUUAUCGGAAAAACGAGAGGCUGAAGAUAAUUGGGCCUACAACUAUUGGCUGAAUGAUAUGUACAUGGAUGUGCGUUUACCGUUGCCAAUCAAUUCAAAUCCCGGCAUGGUCAUGCCACCUAUGCGUUUCACAACGGUGCAUGAUGUGGCUCGCUUUGCAGCAUUCCUAUUGAGCGGCAUCAUGAAUCAUAAGGAACUAGUCGACAGUGGCAAUCUACCCAUCGAUCGUGCAGGUUCACGUGAGAAGAAUCAACCACUCUGCAUGGCACAGUACUAUCGCCCAUUGGGUUCAUGCCGAAUACCCGGAAUAGAGCGUGACGCACAAUAUAUAGCAGAGCGUGGGGAGAAAAGCGACGAACAUGUUGUUGUCAUAUGUCGCAACCAAAUGUAUUGCAUCCAACUGAAGACCAAAGAUCGUGGCAGAAUAUCAGAGAGUGAGCUCGCUUCAAAUAUUUUAUACGUACUGAGCGAUGCGCCAUGCUUGCCAACCAAACCCCCACUAGUGGGUCUACUUACCACCCAGGAACGUCAAUGUUGGGGGCUAAAUCGCAAGCUACUACUCGAGAACGAAGUCAACCAGCAUAGCAUUCGAUUGAUUGAGCAGGCGGUGUGCUUGCUAUGUCUCGAUGAGCCGCUACCAAAUACCUUUAACGCCUACACUUUUACUGGUGCGACGCCGACGGGCUAUAUGGUGGGUGAUCGCGAUGAUACGAAUAUGCUGCACGAAAUGAUACAUGGAGGCGGUAGCGGUUAUAAUACGGCCAAUCGUUGGUUCGAUAAGGCUCUGCAGAUAAUCAUUUGCACCGAUGGUACUUGGGGCAUUAACUAUGAGCAUUCCUUCUCGGAGGGUGACGCAGUUAUAAAUGUCAUAGAGAAAGUCUACAAAAAUUUAGAGGAGAAGCAAUUGGCAUGCAAUAGUGCGCUGUCACAACCGCCACCUGAGCGAAUACCUUGGGUUUUAUCACCGCAGUUGGAACAAAGUAUUAAAGAAACUGCACUGGCUUUCGAUAAAGCGAUUGGGGACUUAGAUUUGUAUGUGUAUCGCUACAAAGGUUAUGGAAAAAAUUUUAUUAAAAAAUGUAAAUGCAGUCCUGAUGCCUUCUUGCAGCUCAUCCUGCAGUUAGCCUACUUUAAAUUGUACGGUCAUUUGGUAGCCACAUACGAGAGUGCUUCCACGAGGCGCUUCUUGCUGGGUCGAGUCGAUUGCAUUCGAGCUUCCCAUAAAGAAGCUCUCGAUUGGGUUACAGCCAUGUGCCAAGGUGAGGGCGCAAAUGUGCCCUUGGAAAGUGAAGGCGAGGAAGAUGAUGAGCGGAAAGUAAAAUUCAGCAUUUAUGAUAAAAAUAAGCUCAGAGAACUUUUCCGUAUCGCCUGCAAUCGCCAAACUGAAAUUAUGAUUCAAAAUAUACUGGGCCACGGCAUCGAUAUACCGUUGUUGGGCUUGCGCGAAUCCAGUAAAGUAUUCAACAACGGUCAAGUGCACGAGCUCUUCAACCAUGAAACAUUCAAAACUGCCAAUAUUUUUCUGCUGAGUACAAGUCAGGUGGCCACUAAGUCGGAUGCUUUCAUGGGCUAUGGCCCAGUAACGCCACGCGGCUAUGGAUGCUCCUAUAAUCCGCACGUAGAUGAAAUUAUCUUUUGCAUAUCCGCUUUCUAUAGCUGCGAGGAUACAAACACAACGCGCUUUGCCAAAUCGCUGAAAGAGUCGCUGGACAUGAUGAAGGAUCUAAUGAAAGAUGAAUCAGUGCAGAAGGACUGAAGAAGUGAAGAAAUGUAGAAAAUGCGGAGCGCUGUGCUAACAACACAAUGCGGCAACAUACAUACAUAUGUAUUAGUGAGUGUUAAUAGUGACAAAAGUGCAUCAACCGCAAAUAAGAUGCGGUCAACCAACAAUACAACAAACAUAUCAGCAUACGUACCUUAACGUUGUAGUAAACGUCGUUGAAUUUAGUUAAAUGUAUUAUACGUAUAUACAAUGUAUUAUAUACAUACAUACACACAUAUAUUCAAAAACAUACUUAUAGAUAUCCAUAUUUAGUAUGCAUACAUACUUAUAUACAUCUGUAUGUACUAGAGAAAUUUAUAAAACUGUUGAAAGUCUUAUUGUUGAUUAAAAACAAAUAUUGUAGGCAAGAGAAAAAAUGAAAAUAGUCCAAUACACAAACAAAAGCUAUUAACUAAAGAGAGCGAAAAGCAAACGAUUGCCUUCGAAAAAAAUUAAUGCAAUAAAAUCAUGAAGAAAAAAAUCAAGCGUGCGAUAAGUAACAAGAAAAUAUGUAAAUAUAAACCUGUAUGUAUAAAAAUAUGGUAUUCAACUUAGAGUAUUAUUAAACUGGCGACACUCGCUAUUGGGUAAGAAAUGCCACAGUGUUCCUACUUUUUGGACGUAUUUUCCCCCUAAACCCCCUAAACAACUUACACUCAACACUUCGAGGAAGAAAGUAGGAGAAUUCAAAUAAUCCUUACAACAACCAAGCGCCGAGAAGUUGAUAGUUCCUUAUUUGGGUUUCAAGAAGACUUUAAAGUAGUUUCAUUUAUACUAAAGAAGAGCUAAGAGGAGCUUCAGCUGGAAACCGUAAACACUGAACGGAGAUGUAAAGAAAAUACUUAAGUAUGCCAGAGGUGAUAAUGUACAACAAUAGAACGAAAUGGGGUGUGUUGAAGAUGAGAUCGGUGCACGGUGAAACCCCAAAUUGUGAGGGGAACUUUGGUUGCCACGUAACGGGAAUGAUUCGCCAGCUAAAUUCUGCACGUUCAUUUUACACAUAUUCAUGGA